ACAUGUAGGUAGGCGCCGCCUAGUCUGAAAAUUUGUGACUGAGUGUAAGAUCUACGUCGUACGCGUGCUCAAAGUGGCAGAAUUUGACAGAAAUUGGAGUGGAUACUGCACAAUGACAGACAAAUCACAUCAAACUCUCCAUGGACUGGUUGAUGCAGUAGCCACAAAGCAUGCUAACAACAGAGCAGUCAUAUUUGAUGAUGGCCGGGAGGUUACCGUGGCAACCUACAGUGAGAUGCAGGAGGCGGCAGGAUGCAUCUCGAGCUUGCUACACACUGUUGGAUGUGGGUGGGGGAGUGUGAUCGGCCUGUAUUGUGAAAGUUCAGUGAUGCUGCCAUCUUGCAUUCUAGGAAUUCUUCAGGUUGAUGCUACAUUUUUCCCAAUUGACCCGAGAGCACCUCGCGACAUGAAUGAAUAUUUGAUGACAUCCCAAGGUCUGUCAUGGAUUUUUGUCUCAAAGUCUUUAGCAAAGGAUUUCAUUUUUAGUUACGGUAAAGCCUAUGAUGCACAUACAACAGAUGACUGGUCUCUUCCAAGUGGAAUCGGCUUCCAAUUGGUCAAGCUGUCAACCAAUAAGAAACCUCACACUCUGGCCCAGUCACCUGCUGUCCAUAUCGCCUUUGUCAUGCAUACUUCUGGAACGACUGGCUGGCCCAAGAUUGUACGUGUUCCACAUCAGUGCAUUGUGCCAAAUAUUACCCAUUUAAGUGAAAGUUUUGACAUCAGCCCAGAAGAUGUUAUCUUUGUCGCUUCAGCUUUGACCUUUGACCCCAGCAUCGUGACUAUUUUUCUUGCCUUGUCCAAAGGGGCAUGUCUGGUCUUAGUCCCUGACUCAAUCAAGAUGAUACCCAGGACACUUCUGGACGUUCUCUUGAGAAAUCAAGUAUCUGUGUUGCAGGCUACACCAACCCUCGUCGGCCGAUUUGGGACGGACCAAGUUCGUCAAAAUCUCCUCGCUUCAACAUCAAGCAUACGUGUCCUGGCAUUCGGUGGGGAGAUCUGCCCUACAGUUGCUCAGAUCAACCACAUGAGGGCAGCAGAUAAUAUCACAAAGUUCUACAACCUCUACGGUAUAACUGAAGUGUCAAGUUGGGCAUCAUGUUAUCACAUUGACACACAGUGUGACAUGGAAGAUUAUCACAGAAGCAUUCCUUUAGGCGAGCCCCUUUUGGAAACCACACUGGAGGUGAGAAAUGAGGACGGGCAAACAAUCACAGAUGGAGAAGGCCAGCUUUUCAUUGGAAGCAACACCAGGGUUUGCUUGUUGAAUGAUGAGACUUGGCCUGUACCAGUGGGUGACGAGAGGGGUGUGAUGAGAUCAACAGAAGAUCGGGUCCGUAUCACCGAUAGAGGCUUGAUCUUUGUUGGUCGCCAUAGCGACCAUAUCAAGCGAAAUGGUAUCAGAGUCAGUCUGAUGCAAGUGAAACAGAGGAUUGAAGCUCUUCCGGUGAUAGAAUCCUGCGAAAUCCUUCAAACAUCCCAAGGGAAACUCCUCCUGUUUUGCAUUCCAGGUUUGCUUGUCCAACUCUCAAAUCAAUCACUGUCCAUUGGGGAUGAAGACUCUCUCCAGAGUUUGCUGAAAGACGUACUCCCCUCCCACUGUUUGCCAGACACGAUCUACUUCUUGGAGAGGUUUCCAUUAACACUGCACGGGAAGGUUGAUCAUAGAGCAUUACUCAGGCAUGCCACAGAGAUGGGUAGGCCUAAGAGGGAGGUCCAGGACCCGCCCACAAAAGAGGGAAUGCUGAGAAAGGAUCUGGUGAUCCUAUGGAAGAAAGCUGCACCCUCGUCAGUUGACCCUGAAGACAGUAGCUCUUUCAUUCUACACGGCAGUGGCGAUUCAUUUCAAGCAGUGCAGCUUGUAGACGCAAUAGAAUUAUGGACUGGAAGACCCAUGCCUCAUCUUCUUGACAUCAUACUCCACAAGACCUUUAGACAUGUCCUGAAACAUAUCCAGAGCUGCUCAGUUGCAACAACAGAGGGCCAACUUGAAAAACCAUCAAAGAGAAGAAAAACUUCUCUUCAGAAUAGUAUCAAAGACACCUCUGCAGCGGAGAACAAGUUCAAAAUUAAUUCCGAGAGACCAGAGUUGUUGGAGAACAAUCAGUUGCAGAUACUUGCAGUGGAUUCUGAAAGUGAAGCGUUUUUCCCAAAAGCUGCAGAGAAAUAUUGUGUAAGCAGCCAUGAAAUGCCAGACACCAUCGGUGUGCAAGAAGUGACCAAGAAUUCAACAGAAGAUCCUCCAAAUGCUACAGACUUUAUUGUUUUGCGGAGAUGUUCUCAGCUUGUGAUUGGCAGACAAAGAAAGGAAUUCGGUGCCAGCUUUGUGCCUAAAAUUCAAAGUGACGGAAGUGGUAGAUUGGUUGCCAGAGACAACCCGAUGAGUAAUUUUCACCUUGAAAAAAGCGUCAAUCUUCAGCUGAGGUGGAGGUAUGACACUGGGAAGUGUGUUGAUGCUUCACCAUUGCUUGUCAAAACUUCCUGGUCAGAAACAAUCAUCUACAUCGGUUCCCACUCUUGCAAGUUUGCAGCUAUUUCUAUGGAAACUGGCAAGGCAUUGUGGGUGACUCAGUUAGGUGACCGAGUGGAAUCAUCAGCAUGCCUGAGCACUUGUGGCACAAAAGUGAUUGUGGGUUGCUAUGACAACCAGCUUUACAUUUUGGAUGCUGCAUCUGGGACAGUCUGCUGGAAAUUCCAAACAAAUGGGCCAAUCAAGAGCUCUCCCGUGCCGGAUGACAGAUCUUCCAUGGUCUAUGUUGGAUCACAUGAUCAGCAUCUUUAUGCCUUGGACAUUGAUGAGCAGAGCUGCAAGUGGCAUGUACAUUGUGGUGGUGGUUCAGUGUUUUCGUCCCCUGUCGUCCAUUACCCAUCAGCCACGGUUUAUGUGACGACACUUUCGGGUUUGCUUCUUGCUGUCAAUAAGGACACAGGUGCAAAAACAUGGAGUUACAGCUGCAGUAAGCCAGUCUUCUCAUCGCCGAUGGUCUCACAAGAUGGCAUUGUGUUCGGCUGUGUGGAUGGCCACUUGUACUGCGUCAGCCACAGUGGAAAAGAGCUGUGGAGAUUCAGCACCGAUGCUUCCAUCUUCUCUUCACCUUGCGUCUCAUCCGUCACGCAGUCUCCAGUAACCCUCAAAGUCACCCAUCAAGCCAUCCGUCCCUCUACAGUAGACUCCUGUGUGGUCUUUGGGUCACAUGAUCACCAUGUCUACUGCCUGUCCCUAAAGACAGGCCAACUACUCUGGAAGCACAGAAUGCCAGCUGCUGUCUACGCCUCGCCUUUCAUUUUUCACAGUCAGCGUCUCAGCCAUCUUGCAUUGCACGAUAGUUGCUCAAGGUGCAAGGCACUCUUCAAGGAUGAAGGUCACACUAAGAGGACAGUGAAAUCUAUUCCCAAGCUGUUUUGUAACUCACAAACAGAACUUCACAGCUCAGGAGAUUUACUUGACGACUCACUAACAUUACAUGUACCUUGUGAAUAUGGAAAGCAUUGUGUUAAGUCAGAUCUCUGUAAAAAUCCAAACAAAAACCAUGGCUGUAAAGGUAAUCAAUUUGUGGCCACAUGUUCUACUGAAGGGUCCUUGGUAAUCCUUGACCUGAAGUCGGGAGAGGUCAUCGCUUCCUGUAGACUACCUGGUGAAGUCUUCUCAUCACCCGUUGCACACUGGGAUUGUGUUAUUGUUGGUUGUAGAGAUGACAAUGUGUACUGUGUAGAAAUUGUACCAGUCUGAAUAUCCAAGCCAAAAUGUUGGUUACUAGUCCAAUUUGGACAUGAUGUCCAUUUGUAUUUGAACAAUUCAAAUAUUUCAAAUCAUUCCUUCAAAUUCGAUGUCAUUUAACAGCUAAACUCAUCUAUGACAAAGCCGUUGUAAGAAUGUACUCCAUGAAUGAUAGUAAGCAGAUGUGAUGUUUAUUCCAGUUACAAAUCCAAAAAAUAUACACAACCGCAUUCUGUACACAAUGUUUUUAGAUGAAUUUGUUAAAAUAUUAAAAUAGUGAUUUCUGAUUUGGAAGGCAGACAGGCAAAGGUGUGAAUACAAAUCCCAUUUUAGAACUACUUCAAACAGUAAAAUCUCAUGCAGCAAAAUACGGCACCUGAAGAUACAUGAUGUUCACUUUGUGAUGUUACGUUUUCAUAAAUGUGCAUUCAUAAACCUCAAUGUUAACGGGGAGUUGAGACUAAGGAAACUUCAGGGUAUGACAAAACCACCUGUUUUUUUAUGAUUUACAACUAUAGGUAUCACUGGAACAUGACAGAACUACAAGUAAAAAUGUUUUGGUGUGGCAUCCCCAUCUUAAUACACAAUGCUGGGUUGGUUUUGAAAGUCUCGGAACAUUUUUGGUCCAUUUCACAAUUUUUUUCACAAUUUGAAACAUUUAAAACAUUGGGUUUCCGGUAAAAACCUACUGAUUUUGAAACCACUGGAAAACGCCAGGAUUGUAAACUCCUGAUCAAGUUUUUUCCAAUUUUUUUCACAAUUUGAAACAUUUAAAACAUUGGGUUUCCGGUAAAAACCUACUGAUUUUGAAACCACUGGAAAACGCCAGGAUUGUAAACUCCUGAUCAAGUUACCAAUCUCAUGAAAAUUUGUCAUAAUUUUGUUUCAAGUUUUGAGAGAGUACAUGAAGAUCAGCUGCCACUGGAGUAAUGGCUACUUGUGAGCUUAGUUUAUGAUAAUGCAUUUCAACUAGGUGAAGUCAUACAUAUAAGUUCUGUUUAUUAACCAAAACAGCUAACGUCUAUAUCUGAUUUCCCAUAUACAGCAAGUACGCUUACACUUGGGUCAAUUAAAUAAUGAACUAACUUCAAGUACACUGAUGACACUUAUUUUAUGGUUUAGAAAAUGAAUUUUUUUUAAAUUAACAACUUUGUACAUAUUAGCCUAUGUUUGUACCACUUCUUGAUGCAUUUUCACUUAUUUUGAUCAAAGCUAUGAGAACUUUUUUUAAAACCACCAUUAGUUUCUUUGUUAAAAAUUAAUACCAACUUGAGCAAUACAAAAAACUAAGCCUUACUUUAUCUGUUUGACAUUCUUCUGGAAGAAAUUAACAUAAUUGUGAAUUUUAUUCAGUCAUAUGACCAACUGAAAUAUUUACAGAUUUUAAACUAAAUGAGUUUCAAUUUUUCCCUCACCCAACAUAAUUACAGGUAACCACUAUUUUCUCUAUAUUUCCAACAUGGCUUUAACACUUCCUUGUUUGGGUGAUUUUCUACCUAGGGUAGCCACUGUAUUCAACAGAAAUUACAUCUUAAUACAGACGAGAAUACAAACGAGUAUAAACAUUUGCCAGAGCUGACAAUUACAACAGGCAGGCCCGCUCAUUUUAAUACAUAAUGCUGGUGUUAUGAUUUCCCUUUAAACUGAAAAAUUAAAUUUCCACAUAGCUUUGUCUACAUAGCUAUCCACAGAAAUACUGAGACUUACACACUGGUUUGGGUCGACUUUUGACUUCACCUUGUUUACAAACUUUCUCAUCAGCAGUUUUUGUUGCUGGCAGAGAAAAUGGAGGCUGUCUGACCAAUAUGUUACUGUACUAGACUGGUUACUUAACAUUUUCAACACAACAGAAGGAUCAACAAAUGAGAUCUCACAUCUAAACAAUACUAACUCCGCUUUCAAAUUUUCAUCAACUUCUAUUCCUACUGUAGGAAUAAGUACCACUGUAUCAAAAUAUGGACUUUAAUCAGGAAAAUAUCUUUGCAGCUUUUUUAUUUUACAACUUUGCUAACCUAGAGUCGAGCAUGAUUUGUUUUACUUACUUUACAUGAAAUACUGAAUAAAAGUUGAAAAUAAUUGAUCCAACUGAUUACUAGUAUCUAGUCAGUAAACGGAACCUUGCAAAAACCUGCCAUUUGAAGAUCAGAGCCAUAUUACUUAGUGCUAUUCAUAAAAAAAUCUAAGGCUAUAAAAUCAAGUAAAGCAAAAAGUUGUAAAAAAAAGUAAACACAAAAGGUCAGGUGGUUGAUCCUUCGGAUGAACACCAUUAGCAUUGCAAUUCGAAAGUGGUGCACCUCGGUAUACAAAUCUGUGGGUGAAUAGUAGCUUUGAGGCAAAGCCAAGGGAACCAAGUUUCUCAACUUUCAACAGAAUGCUGAAGUGUGACGUCAGUUCGAACCAGGAAGUGUAAU